UGCCUGGCAGAAUUAUAUUUAAAAAAAAGACAAGGGGAAGAUCCUUCCUCUUGCUCAACGAGAUUCUUGCAUAUACACUGGAGUACUCUCUAUACAUUUUUCUCUCUUGCGAACACAUGCAAACACAAAAAGCUUUAACCGUAGCUUUGUUCAGUCUUCUACUGCUGCUGGCCAUUCUCCCUCCCAGUGUCACACUCUCAAAGUCUCCUCUCCUCCAUCAGGUGUUACCUCCUGCAGAUCCUGAUUGGAAUUUGGACCUUCUCCUCCUCCUCCUCCACCACCUCCUCCUUCCCAGUCUGGUAAAAUGUGCAGGCCAUAAAGCCCUCGCAAUCCUAGAACAGUUGCAUUUCUAAUUCAUGUAUAGUAGGAAAGAAAUAUAUAUAUUCCUGCUCUGUUCUGUUCUUAUCUUUUGCUUUGAGCCAAAAAGGUUAGAGCUUUUGUGUUCUUCCCCCACAAAUAUCCCCUAGUGCCUUUUGUUUGGCCGUGGUGUGGAAAAGCAUAUGAAUGGGGGAGCAUCUCAAUUGGCAUACUGCUGUUGCCCCCCAGCUUAGCUAUCCCUUUCCAUCCCUGCAAGAACCCUUCUUUAUAGAUCUGUGCCCUUGCUGUUCAUGGAACCCUGUGAUUGAGGUCUCUAGUUUUAGUGUUUAAUUAAGCUCUCCUUGCCUUGCCAGCUUUUGGAUGAUGCUUACAUCUUACUCCUCUAUUGGUUCUUGGAUAGGGGUUUCCUCAUUUGGUCUCUCACUCGCGGUGUAAACAAAGUAUAUGCUCCAAGUAAGCUGCUACUUUUAGCUGCUUCUCUGAUUCUUGAGUGAUCUCCAAGGUAAAGCUCCCCUCACUUGCUUCUAGUUGCUGUUCUUGGUUUGAGCAAGAAAUUCAGGCUGUUUUUGGAGCAGAAAUGGAUUGUAGCAGCAUUCUCUGCUGCAAUUGAUGCUGGUGGUUGGAAGAACACCAACCAUGCUGCUCUGUGUAGUAAGUAGUGGUAGUAGUAGCUUGUAAAAGGACGGUCCAUUUUGCAGUGCAGAAGGAGAGGGAGGAGGAGAUGGGGGAGUGCGGCGGCGGCGAGUACAGGUGCUGGGAGGAGCUUCUGCCGGACGCGCUGGGGCUCGUCUUCCGGAACCUGCCGCUCCGGGAGGUGCUGACGGUGGUGCCACGGGUGUGCAAGUCGUGGAGCCGGGUGGUGGCCGGGCCGUACUGCUGGCAGGAGAUCGACAUCGAGGAGUGGCGGCAGCAGCAGGGCAAGCCCGAGCAGCUCGUCCGCAUGGUGGAGAUGCUCGUCGCACGCAGCUGCGGCUCCUGCCGCCGCAUCAGCGUCUCCGGCCUCCCCGGCGACCCGCUCUUCUCCUUCAUCGGAGACCAUGCACGGGCACUGAGGACGCUGGAGAUUCCACGGAGCGAGAUCAGCGACGCGGCGGUGGAGAGCGUGGCGCCGAGGCUGCCCAACGUGACGUUCCUGGACAUCAGCAGCUGCACCAAGAUCGGGGCGCGCGCGCUGGAGGCGUUCGGCAAGAACUGCAAGUCGCUGGUGGGGCUCCGGCGGGUGAUGCACCCGACGGACGUCGCCGGCAAGGCGUGCCAGCGCGACGAGGCGCGCGCCAUCGCCUGCACCAUGCCGAGGCUCCGGCACCUGGAGAUGGGCUACAUGGUGAUCGCGACGGAUGCGGUGCUCGACAUCCUCGCGCGGUGCCGCGACCUCCGGUUCCUCGACCUCCGCGGCUGCUGGGCCGUCGACGACAAGUUCCUGCAGGAGAGGCACCCGGGGCUGAGGGUGCUCGGCCCCGGCGUCGACGACUGCUUCGAGAACAGCUACCUGGAGGAGUGCUCCGACUACUCCGACGACUCCUCCAUCUACUCGUGGGAGCUCAUGGAGGACGACGACGACGACUACUACGCCGUCGGGAGCGACGACGAGGCCAUUUGGGACGACGGCCAGGGCCUCGAGAACCUGGAGGUCAGGUUCUACGGCGGCGGCUUCAGCGAGAGCUAUGCUGGCUUCGAUUGGCCACCAUCACCAUGACCAUGAGAGCAGCUCAGCUCAGCUCAGUCCCUGACCUCACUGUCCUUGCUCUUCCUCUCGAGCCGUGUACCUAAGCUUGCAGUUGCAGUCUCGCAGAUGUGUUGUUGUACUCUGUGUGUGUGCGCGUGUGCCAGUGUGUCAUCAGCAUCACUAGCUUGCAGUGCAGAUAUGUGUGAGUGAACUUCUACGGCUAGUUGUUACUACUACUACAUCCAGAUGUAAACUUUGGUGUUUACAUGAAGAAGCAAUGCAAAUGCAAUAUGUGGUGAAAAAUCACCUGCCCUGCUCA